GUAAACUGGCUCGUUUUGAUAAAUUUACGCACGGCGAGACUCUGCCUCCUUUUACGUUCUCACAGUUACAGACGGUGAUGCUUCCUGCGCGCGGAAGCAGGCUAAUAGACCGCAUCUCAAUAUAUCCCUGACAGAACCUUGCGUCUGAAGAACAACUGUAAUGUAACCGCAUAGUGUAGCAUAUAUUCUUUUUUUGUUCUGUUCAUCACUUCUCACGAGGAUGGCUACAUUUUCAACUUUACCUUUGUGCGUUUUAUGCGCUUUAGUUCAUUUUAUCAUUGCGCAGCAGCAAUCACCACGGGACAGACCGGGUCAGUGGAGGCAGAGGAUCCAGUGGCAGAACAAUGGACAGGUAUAUAGUCUACUCAGCACCGGCUCCCAGUAUCAGUCACCUGUACAGCCCAGGGCGCAAUCCCGCUUGUUUCUGAGCUCCAGGACAGACGGUGGCCGGGGGUCACAGGUAUCCGCCGGCGCAUCGAGCGCUGGGCGACAGACCAGAGAAGAUGCGAACUAUGUGGCAAGCCCUGGCGCUAAUGUCGUGGGACGAGAGUACAGACAAGGCUUGGUUGCUGCUAACAGCCGAGUACCGGGAGCCAGAGUAGAAACUGGAGCGUCACAGCGGCAAACAAUUACCGGGCAACCGGGUGCACGGGGGUCGCCAAAUUCGCCCGUUAGCAAUCAGGGAAGCGCAGUCCUGGCUGCAGAAUCUGCGCCCCUUGCCUUGGAGGAUGCCAACGUUUUUCUAAAUUCAGAUGUUGCCCCCCAGAAUGUCCCUAGCCAACCCACUGCUGCAGGCGGCCCAGGACCCAACGCUAACAGGGGGGAUGCGCCCGUCGACGAAACUGCUGCCACCGAUGACAUGGUUAAUGAUGACCCCCGCAAUCCUCUGAAAAACCACAGAAAUAACAUUUUCUACAAUCCCUACCCUUCCAGAACUGUGCCACGAGUGCGCCGUCCCCCUGGCACAGGAUAUGGCACCAGAUAUUUCCACAAUGGUCUUCCGGACCUUGUUCCUGACCCCUACUCGAUCCAGGCUGGUGCAUACAUUCAGCGCAUGCAAAUGUAUGCGCUACGAUGCGCCGCUGAGGAAAUGUGCCUGUCACGGUCAGCAUACAGCCUGAGUGUAAAUGACAUAGACUACAGAGUGCUGCUGAGAUUCCCCCAGCGAGUGAGGAACCGCGGAACUGCAGAUUUCCUCCCGGUGAAGCCAAGACACCAGUGGGAAUGGCACAGUUGCCACCAGCACUACCACAGCAUGGAUGCCUUCAGUAACUAUGACCUCCUGGACGCGCUGGGCAGGAAGGUGGCGGAGGGCCACAAAGCCAGCUUCUGUUUAGAGGACACGGGCUGUGACCCUGGCUUCCGCCGCCGCUUCGCCUGCACAACACACACACAGGGUUUAAGUCCAGGUUGCUAUGACACCUAUGCCGCCAACAUUGACUGCCAGUGGAUCGACAUCACCGAUGUUCCACCAGGGACCUAUAUUCUCAAGGUCACAGUCAACCCCAAUUUUCUAGUCCAGGAGUCAGAUUUUUCCAACAACGUUGUGAGGUGCGAUAUAAUAUAUUCCGGCUCUCACGUACAGACACGAAACUGCAGAAUAACCAGGAGCUAGACGUGCUGGUGUGGUGGUGCUGAUCUCAGCCGGUUGGAGCCAAACUGCUAUUCCUAAUGGGUUUCGGCGGUGAGAUUUCCUACAAAUAUUAUCGUUUUAAAGUCCCUGUUUUGAUUCGUCCAUGAGGACUCCCUUGGGACCAGCUGCCAAUUUUUUGGCAUCACUAUUUUUUUAAUUGCUGUUUUGAAUAGAAUUGCUCUCAGCCUAAACUUGACACAACUAUGAACAAGCCAAAAAAUAUUGUACCAUAGGUUACUGCAAUGCAGCAUUCAUUUUGUCAUUUUCUUGACAAAGGGGGGGAAAUAAAAUGAUGGAAUAUGGUUUGCUUUUAAAGCAAGCAAAAAAAAAUCUUUACAUGAGGGUGCAUACUAUUUCACGUGUCAGCAAAAUAUGCUUGUUGGAUAUUUGUUAACUACCAGUAAUUGCUUGAAAUUGUAUUUAUUUCUUUUAAUAUGUAUUUUGUUACACAGAAUGACUUUUGUAAUUUAUGUAUGAUGUGAAAAAAUAACCGAAUAAUGUGUGAAUGGAAUGCGAUGUGGGUUUAAUAUUUUUCAAUGAAUCACUUGUAAACACAUAACAGCAACAAUCAACAAUAGCUUCCAUUCAUGACCAACAUCACACACAGUAUUACAUUACAACUGCAUCAUAUAUUGUUGAAUAAUUAUAAGAAAUGUUAAAAUGCACAUUGAGAUUGUCUGUAUGUAUUGUAAUAUUUUGGGCUCUCACUGGAUGAUGUUGUGUACUAUGCAAUAAUCUUUUCUUCAGCUUUGUGACAAUAAACAUGAAAUAUGACAU